CACUCAACAGCUUGGUUGGGACUGGGGAUUACAUCUGAUUCGACGAAAUUCCCAUUCUAUUUCACUCUAGCCUUUCUAUAACGACACGCAGACGCUUCAAUCAGGGGACCAAGAGAACGAGAGAGAGAGCAGUAGCAGCACCAAAAUGGAUUUAGACGACAAAAUCCAUAAGAAGUCAUCGUCGGAAGGUUGGAAGGAACGUAUCUUCGUACCCACUGUCAUCGCAGGGGUUGUUGGCGGAGCAACUGGUUUGGUAUCCAAAUAUCGAAAAAUUUGUGGCCUCGCUAACAUUUCUACAACUUAUGCUGCUAAUUUUGCCAUCGUUACUGGUUGCUACUGCGGAGCCCGUGAAUUUGUAAGAGCAAGCCGUGCUUCAGAACCUGGUGAUCUCAUAAACUCCGCUGUUGGAGGAUUUGGUUGUGGAGCUCUUCUAGGUCGACUCCAAGGUGGUCAAAUUGGUGCAAUCCGCUACUCGGUUAUCUUCGCAGUUGUUGGGACGACCGUUGAUUAUGUAACAAUGCAACUGAAACCUGUAAUGCAGAACUACAGGGAAUCCAUAUUUGGGAGCAAUGAGAAGACCACUGAUUGGUUUAAAUUGCCAGAGUGGUCACCAAUCCAAGUACUUGAUGAGGAGGCACUAGCUGCAAAACAUGCCCGGGAACAACAAUUAUAUGCACAAAGAACACUAGGUAAUCUAAACAAAGAAGAAUCUUGAAAACUUGUAUGGCAAUUAGAUCAAUUUGAAAAGCCUCUUAAUUAGCGGGUUGUCCCUAUUAACAAUGAUAUAGUUCUUGAGGGCCAUUCUUGUCAAUUUGCUUCGGUAAUCCAAAAUGAUUACUCGGCCAGAACUAGAACUUUUGUCAUGUAUUUUGGUUAUUCUUCACUCUACAUUUUUUUAUUUUCUUGUGGAAGGGAUUCAUCCAACAAAAGGGUGUUUUUACCUUGUAAAUUGAACGUGAUAAAUGGAGGAUCAACAUAGUUUGACAGUUGGAGAGGAAA